GCAGUUACGUUAAUGCGGUUUAAUGACAUAAAAACUGCUGGAAUUCCCUGAACAGUCGACUGGGUGUGUCAGCUUCACUGCUAUGAUCAUGUAGAGCGUGAAUACUGGGCACCUGUGAGUAAUGUUUAGAGAGGGAAGGUUUAUUUGGGAGUGAUUUUCUAGGCUACUUAACCGCUCAAGUUUCAUUUUCUUACACCUAGCCAAGUAGCGAAUUAGCUUGACUUAACUCUUGAGGUGGCCAAUUUCUGCUCUAGCUGCUGUAUUUUCAGGUCUACAUCAGACUCAUGUGUACAUGAGAAACAGAUCUUAGGAGUGUGUUGACUCGGACAGCUGGAACUGGGACUGGACUAAAGAGACCACGGUCCGAAGGUCGAGUUACAGGCUCCACAUGACAGGUCAGCGAGUGUAGGUAAAGUAUUAUGGUCAUACCAACCAUUGGGGUUGUGAAAAAGACCACCAUGAGCUGACAAUGGAAGACGUGGGGCCGAUCUGAGGAAUACUGGGACAAACUUUUCAAUAAUGGGGAGUCAAAGGAACGGUUUCAAAAAGGAACACUUCAUUUUGUCAGUUGACGUCGGUUCAACAUCAAUCAGAUGUCACGUCUAUGACAAGGAAGCAAAUAUCCGAGGAUCAUGUACCAACAAGGUUGUUUCCUUGUAUCCAGAGGUAGGACAUGUGGAGAUGGACCCAGAUGCACUAUGGAAAGGGUUUAUCACUGUGGUCAAGUGCGCUGUGCAAGAUGCAGGAGUACAAAUGCACCAGAUAGAGGCCCUUGGCAUGUCCACCCAACGAGGCACCUUCACAACAUGGGACAGGAAAACUGGAGUACCCUUCCAUAACUUCAUCAGCUGGCAAGAUCAGAGGGCCGCAGACCUGGUGAAGUCGUGGAACAGAUCCUGCAUCAUGAAAGUAAUCCAUGGCACGAUGAAGGUGCUGUACUUCCUGACCAGGCAGAAGCGAUCGCUUGCAGCAAGUCUUAUUGUCUUCUCCACUCAGCAUGUUACUUUCCGCCUCGUCUGGGUCCUUACACACUAUAAGCAGGUUCGCCAAGCGAUAGCUGAAGGCAACUGCUGCUUUGGAACAGUGGACAGCUGGCUCCUAUUCAAACUUACAAAAGGACGCGUCCAUGCCACAGACUAUUCUAAUGCCAGUACAACAGGCAUGUUUGACACAUAUCAGAUGUGUUGGAGUGGUUUCCUCUCUUCUCUUGUUUCUCUGCCUCUCUCUAUUUUCCCCAAAGUAGAAAAUACAGGCCAUGACUUUGGUUCCACAGACCCGUCUAUCUUUGGAGUAUCCAUUCCUGUCAUGUCGGUGAUGGCGGACCAGCAGGCAGCCAUGUUUGGAGAGUGCUGCUUUGAUGUCGGUGAUGUGAAGAUCACCAUGGGAACAGGCACCUUCAUGGACAUCAACACCGGGAGCAAACCACAUACAUCUAUAGCAGGUCUGUAUCCUGUAGUGGGGUGGAAGAUCGGCCCAGAGUUGGUGUACCUGGCGGAGGGCAAUGCAGCAGACACAGGCACUGCCAUCAAAUGGGCACAGGAGCUGGAGCUCUUCUCUGACGUCCAGAAGACCAGUUCCAUGGCUUACAGUGUCAGUGACUCUGACGGAGUGUGCUUUGUACCUUCCUUCAGUGGCCUGCAGGCUCCUCUAAACGACCCUAAAGCUUGUGCUUCACUCAUGGGCCUCAAACCUUCAACCACCAAAAGCCAUCUGGUCCGUGCCAUACUGGAGUCUCUCGCCUUCAGAAACAAGCAGCUGUACGAGACGAUGCUGAGAGAAACUCACAUCACCAUCGCAAAGAUCAGGGUGGAUGGUGGUGUUUCCUGCAAUGACUUUGUCAUGCAGCUGACUGCAGAUCUGUUUGGCAGAAAGGUAGCUAGACCCCUGCACCAUGAGAUGUCCUGUUUGGGGGCUGCUUUUGUUGCUGGACUUGGAGUGGGCUACUGGAGGACCCGGGAAGAACUGAAGAAGUUGCAGAGCAUCGACAAGGUAUUCUUACCUAGAGGCGCACCCAAGGAGGGUGCUGGAAGCCCAAAUCCGGAGUACAUCCCCGUCCUCCAGAACUGGGAGAGAGCUCUCCGACGUUCCAUGAAUUGGUACAACACACAUUGACCCUGGAUGUGCACAGUGGGAGAACCAGGGGUUGACCAAACGGGGAAAUAAAGACAUGAGGUUUGAGUACAUGUGAAAGCAGAUGGGCCUUUUUAAACAGAACUAACAACCAUCAGCUGUAUCUCUGUAAUAUAGUAGUUUAAGGGUUGGUCGUUGGGAAUCAAACUUGAAUCCUGGUCCAGAUGCUAAAAAAGAUAGCAUUUUUUUUUUCUUUAAUGUUUAAUAAAACACAGCUGAAGGUCAUACGCACAGACAUAAUCGUACAGCACUGUUAACUACAGCUGAAAGAAGGAUCGUGGGAAAGGUCCAGUACAAGUCUGAUCCAGGCUGACGUGCUAUUAGCCACCUUCACAGCCUUGAAUUGUUGACCACUUACAGAAAUUACUAUACCUUUACUCGAUUUCUCCCACCGGUAGCAGGCUUUUUAGAUGAAUCCUUUUAUUCCUUCAAGAUCUCAGGGUACUGGUCACUCUUCAUAUUACAGUAUUUUAUCCAGAUUGAAUGAUAUGUGUUAUAAUAUAUAUCCACAUGAGGGCGCUAACGACUGGCUUUACAGCUUUUUAAAUUUAUGAACUCACCAUAGCAACCUUAUGCCACAUGAUAAUAAGGAGUCGGAGAUUAAAAUCAUUUAUAUCAGAUUCACACUUAAUCCUCUGUGGGAGAAAGGCAGCACUUAAUCCUUCUGUUCAUGAUACCUCAAGAUUCAAAAAGCUCCAAAGGGAAAAAAACUGUUAGUCAUUCAACAAACACAAUUUAGUAUUUACAUGUUUCUUCUCGAUUUAUUGAUGUAUUUUCACUUUGUCAUUUAAAGAAAGUGCUCGUCCUCGUUAGAAAACCCAAGUUUACACAUGUUCAAACUGAAUGCAGUUCCUACACAUUAGAUGAUAUUGUUCAAAUGUUACUGGAACUAAAACAAAUUGUAUUUGUUUUUCUUGCACUAAGGAAAUUACACUGGAUUUCAGUAUUUACAGUGCAUUCAGAAAAUAUUCAGACCCCUUCAUUUCACUUUCACAUUUUGUUAUGCUGCAGCUUUAUGACAGGGACUAAUUUGGGAUUUUAUGGGUAUAUGGAUAGAGAUUAGAAAUUAGAACACCUAGCUUUGCUAUAAUAGAAAUAACGCUUGCGUGUCAACUCACACAAAAUCUUUCUCAAAAACUUCCGCUAUGGAGCAAUUUCAAGUUGCACAUCUUCAUUCAACCAUAGAUUAGUUCCUGCAUUCUCUGUUGUUUAGGAAAAAAUUGAUCAAGGACACAAAUAUUAAUUGACCUGACCUAAAACAGAAGUAGGGUGUUAUUCCUUUUCAGUCUAUGUUGUGAAGCCAUUAUUUAUGUCAUCGGCUUGUGUUUGUUGUUUAAUUGUCCCAACCCAAUGAAUUUCAGCACAAAGGGACGACCAUGGUGAUGUCAUGUGAUAAUGUUUUGACUGGAGUCGUUUACUUGACCUGUUGAACUCUGAUAACAACUUUGCCAGUUCUGAUUGUGUUAUGAUUAAAUGUACCUACACUCAUGUGACAGAAUCACAAAUUACCAAAAAAAAACAAAAAAACAAAAAAAAAACUAAGUAAACUAAUUUUCCUUGUAGAAAUGUUCUGCUUUGUGGGUAUUGUUAAAUAUUGUUUGCCUUUCUCAAUGUUGUAAUGUGGUCCUACACGUACUUAACUUUGUUAUGCAGAGUGACACUGUAUGAGAAUGACAUUAACACCUCAGAUCGAAAGGACGUUUCAGGUCUUCACAUGUGAGAUUUUCUAACAUUUCUGGUUCAUUCAGUUCCUGAAUGGAAAAUGUCAUCCCAAGCUUCUGGGAAAUAACAGAUAAUUCAUUUGUGUAAUCAAACUUUGUAUGUUUUGAAGGGGCUGUUAUUAA